UUCCCGGCCGGUGUUUCAGGCCCUUUAAGAGGCGACGCCGGAGCCGGAGCCAUUUUCCCCCCUUCGGCCGCGGCGAGGAGGAGCCGGAGCGGGAGUGACACUGAGCCGGACCCAGCGCGACCUGCGGCGGCUCCGGGUGACUCGGGCCAGUGUAGAGGGCCCCAGGCCGCCGGCAGGAGCAGCUGGGCCAAUUCCCUGGCCGGGAGCGGAAGGGGAUGGCGUCGGGCCUGGGCUCCCCGUCCCCUUGCUCAGCGGGCAGUGAGGAGGAGGAUAUGGAUGCACUUUUGAACAACAGCCUGCCCCCACCCCACCCAGAAAAUGAAGAGGACCCAGAAGAGGAUUUGUCAGAAACAGAGACUCCAAAGCUCAAGAAGAAGAAAAAGCCUAAGAAACCUCGGGACCCUAAAAUCCCUAAGAGCAAGCGCCAAAAAAAGGAGCGUAUGCUCUUAUGCCGGCAGCUGGGGGACAGCUCUGGGGAGGGGCCAGAGUUUGUGGAGGAGGAGGAAGAGGUGGCUCUGCGCUCAGACAGUGAGGGCAGCGACUAUACCCCUGGUAAGAAGAAGAAGAAGAAGCUCGGACCUAAGAAAGAGAAGAAGAGCAAAUCCAAGCGGAAGGAGGAGGAGGAGGAGGAUGACGAUGAUGAUGAUUCAAAGGAGCCUAAAUCAUCUGCUCAGCUCCUGGAAGACUGGGGCAUGGAAGACAUUGACCACGUGUUCUCAGAGGAGGAUUAUCGAACCCUCACCAACUACAAGGCCUUCAGCCAGUUUGUCAGACCCCUCAUUGCUGCAAAAAAUCCCAAGAUUGCUGUCUCCAAGAUGAUGAUGGUUUUGGGUGCAAAAUGGCGGGAGUUCAGUACCAACAAUCCCUUCAAAGGCAGUUCUGGGGCAUCAGUGGCAGCUGCGGCAGCAGCAGCGGUGGCUGUGGUGGAGAGCAUGGUGACAGCCACUGAGGUUGCACCACCACCUCCCCCUGUGGAGGUGCCUAUCCGCAAGGCCAAGACCAAGGAGGGCAAAGGUCCCAAUGCUCGGAGGAAGCCCAAGGGCAGCCCUCGUGUACCCGAUGCCAAGAAGCCUAAACCCAAGAAAGUAGCUCCCCUGAAAAUCAAGCUGGGAGGUUUUGGUUCCAAGCGUAAGAGAUCCUCGAGUGAGGAUGAUGACUUAGAUGUGGAAUCUGACUUCGAUGAUGCCAGUAUCAAUAGCUAUUCUGUUUCUGAUGGUUCCACCAGCCGUAGUAGCCGCAGCCGCAAGAAGCUCCGAACCACUAAAAAGAAAAAGAAAGGCGAGGAGGAGGUGACUGCUGUGGAUGGUUAUGAGACAGACCACCAGGACUAUUGCGAGGUGUGCCAGCAAGGCGGUGAGAUCAUCCUGUGUGAUACCUGUCCCCGAGCUUACCACAUGGUUUGCCUGGAUCCCGACAUGGAGAAGGCUCCCGAGGGCAAGUGGAGCUGCCCACACUGCGAGAAGGAAGGCAUCCAGUGGGAAGCUAAAGAGGACAAUUCGGAGGGUGAGGAGAUCCUGGAAGAGGUUGGGGGAGACCUCGAAGAGGAGGAUGACCACCAUAUGGAAUUCUGUCGGGUCUGCAAGGAUGGUGGGGAGCUGCUCUGCUGUGAUACCUGUCCUUCUUCCUACCAUAUCCACUGCCUGAAUCCCCCACUUCCAGAGAUCCCCAAUGGUGAAUGGCUCUGUCCCCGUUGUACGUGUCCAGCUCUGAAGGGCAAAGUGCAGAAGAUCCUAAUCUGGAAGUGGGGUCAGCCACCAUCUCCCACACCAGUGCCUCGGCCUCCAGAUGCUGAUCCCAACACGCCCUCCCCAAAGCCCUUGGAGGGGCGGCCAGAGCGGCAGUUCUUUGUGAAAUGGCAAGGCAUGUCUUACUGGCAUUGCUCCUGGGUUUCUGAACUGCAGCUGGAGCUGCACUGUCAGGUGAUGUUCCGAAACUAUCAGCGGAAGAAUGAUAUGGAUGAGCCACCUUCUGGGGACUUUGGUGGUGAUGAAGAAAAAAGCCGAAAACGAAAAAACAAGGACCCUAAAUUUGCAGAGAUGGAGGAACGCUUCUAUCGCUAUGGGAUAAAACCUGAGUGGAUGAUGAUCCACCGAAUCCUCAACCACAGCGUCGACAAGAAGGGCCACGUCCACUACUUGAUCAAGUGGCGGGACUUACCUUACGAUCAGGCUUCUUGGGAGAGUGAGGAUGUGGAGAUCCAGGAUUACGACCUGUUCAAGCAGAGCUAUUGGAAUCACAGGGAGUUAAUGAGGGGUGAGGAAGGCCGACCAGGCAAGAAGCUCAAGAAGGUGAAGCUUCGAAAGUUGGAGAGACCUCCAGAAACACCAACAGUUGAUCCAACAGUGAAGUAUGAGCGACAGCCAGAGUACCUGGAUGCUACAGGUGGAACCCUGCACCCCUAUCAAAUGGAGGGUCUGAAUUGGUUGCGUUUCUCCUGGGCUCAGGGCACUGACACCAUCUUGGCUGAUGAGAUGGGCCUUGGGAAAACUGUACAGACAGCAGUCUUCCUCUAUUCCCUUUACAAGGAGGGUCAUUCCAAAGGCCCCUUCCUAGUGAGUGCCCCUCUUUCUACCAUCAUCAACUGGGAGCGGGAGUUUGAAAUGUGGGCUCCAGACAUGUAUGUUGUAACCUAUGUGGGUGACAAGGACAGCCGUGCCAUCAUCCGAGAGAAUGAGUUCUCCUUUGAAGACAAUGCUAUUCGUGGUGGCAAGAAGGCCUCCCGCAUGAAGAAAGAGGCAUCUGUGAAAUUCCAUGUGCUGCUGACAUCCUAUGAAUUGAUCACCAUUGACAUGGCUAUCUUGGGCUCUAUUGAUUGGGCCUGCCUCAUCGUGGAUGAAGCCCAUAGGCUGAAGAACAAUCAGUCUAAGUUCUUCCGGGUUUUGAAUGGUUACUCACUCCAGCACAAGCUGUUGCUGACUGGGACUCCAUUACAAAACAAUCUCGAAGAGUUGUUUCAUCUGCUCAACUUUCUCACCCCCGAGAGGUUCCACAAUUUGGAAGGUUUUUUGGAGGAGUUUGCUGACAUUGCCAAGGAGGACCAGAUAAAAAAACUGCAUGACAUGCUGGGGCCGCACAUGUUGCGGCGGCUGAAAGCCGAUGUGUUCAAGAAUAUGCCCUCCAAGACAGAACUAAUUGUGCGUGUGGAGCUGAGCCCUAUGCAGAAGAAAUACUACAAGUACAUCCUCACUCGAAAUUUUGAAGCACUCAAUGCCCGAGGUGGUGGCAACCAGGUGUCUUUGCUAAAUGUGGUGAUGGAUCUUAAGAAGUGCUGCAACCAUCCAUACCUCUUCCCUGUGGCUGCAAUGGAAGCCCCUAAGAUGCCUAAUGGCAUGUAUGAUGGCAGUGCCCUAAUCAGAGCAUCUGGGAAAUUAUUGCUGCUGCAGAAAAUGCUCAAGAACCUUAAGGAGGGUGGGCAUCGUGUACUCAUCUUUUCCCAGAUGACCAAGAUGCUAGACUUGCUAGAGGAUUUCUUGGAACAUGAAGGUUAUAAAUACGAACGCAUUGAUGGUGGAAUCACUGGGAACAUGCGGCAAGAGGCCAUUGACCGCUUCAAUGCACCAGGUGCUCAGCAGUUCUGCUUCUUGCUUUCCACUCGAGCUGGGGGCCUUGGAAUCAAUCUGGCCACUGCUGACACAGUUAUUAUCUAUGACUCUGACUGGAACCCCCAUAAUGACAUUCAGGCCUUUAGCAGAGCUCAUCGGAUUGGGCAAAAUAAAAAGGUAAUGAUCUACCGGUUUGUGACCCGUGCGUCAGUUGAGGAGCGCAUCACGCAGGUGGCAAAGAAGAAAAUGAUGCUGACGCAUCUAGUGGUACGGCCUGGGCUGGGCUCCAAGACUGGAUCUAUGUCCAAACAGGAGCUUGAUGAUAUCCUCAAAUUUGGCACUGAGGAACUUUUCAAGGAUGAAGCCACUGAUGGAGGAGGAGACAACAAAGAGGGAGAAGAUAGCAGUGUUAUCCACUACGAUGAUAAGGCCAUUGAACGGCUGCUGGACCGUAACCAGGAUGAGACUGAAGACACAGAAUUGCAGGGCAUGAAUGAAUAUUUGAGCUCAUUCAAAGUGGCCCAGUAUGUGGUACGGGAAGAAGAAAUGGGGGAGGAAGAGGAGGUAGAACGGGAAAUCAUUAAACAGGAAGAAAGUGUGGAUCCUGACUACUGGGAGAAAUUGCUGCGGCACCAUUAUGAGCAGCAGCAAGAAGAUCUAGCCCGAAAUCUGGGCAAAGGAAAAAGAAUCCGUAAACAGGUCAACUACAAUGAUGGCUCCCAGGAGGACCGAGGUGUGUGUGGCCGGCCCCGCCCCCCACCCAUGGGCCGUUCCACUAGAGCAGUGGGCCCCGCUCAUCUGCCCUCUCUCCCUCCAGAUUGGCAGGACGACCAGUCCGACAACCAGUCCGAUUACUCAGUGGCUUCAGAGGAAGGUGAUGAAGACUUUGAUGAACGUUCAGAAGCUCCCCGUAGGCCCAGUCGUAAGGGCCUGCGGAAUGAUAAAGAUAAGCCAUUGCCUCCUCUGUUGGCCCGUGUUGGUGGGAAUAUUGAAGUACUUGGUUUUAAUGCUCGUCAGCGAAAAGCCUUUCUUAACGCAAUUAUGCGAUAUGGUAUGCCACCUCAGGAUGCUUUUACUACCCAGUGGCUUGUAAGAGAUCUGCGAGGCAAAUCAGAGAAAGAGUUCAAGGCAUAUGUCUCUCUCUUUAUGCGGCAUUUAUGUGAGCCGGGGGCAGAUGGGGCUGAGACCUUUGCUGAUGGUGUCCCCCGAGAAGGCCUGUCUCGCCAGCAUGUCCUUACUAGAAUUGGUGUUAUGUCUUUGAUUCGCAAGAAGGUUCAGGAGUUUGAACAUGUUAAUGGGCGCUGGAGCAUGCCUGAACUGGCUGAGGUAGAGGAAAACAAGAAAAUGUCCCAGCCAGGGUCACCCUCCCCAAAGACUCCUACACCGUCCACUCCAGGGGAUACGCAGCCCAACACUCCUGCACCUGCCCCACCUGCUGAAGAUGGGAUCAAAAUAGAGGAAAAUAGCCUCAAAGAAGAAGAAAGCAUAGAAGGAGAAAAGGAGGUUAAAUCUGUAGCCCCUGAGACUGCCAUUGAGUGUACACAGCCCCCUGCCCCUGCCCCUGCCUCAGAGGAUGAAAAGGUCGUUGCUGAACCCCCUGAGGGAGAGGAGAAAGUGGAAAAGGCAGAGGUGAAGGAGAGAACAGAGGAACCCAUGGAGACAGAGCCCAAAGGUGCUGCUGACGUAGAGAAGGUGGAGGAAAAGUCAGCAAUAGACCUGACCCCUAUUGUGGUAGAAGACAAAGAAGAGAAGAAAGAAGAAGAAGAGAAAAAAGAGGUGAUGCUUCAGAAUGGAGAGACCCCCAAGGACCUGAAUGAUGAGAAACAGAAGAAAAAUAUUAAACAGCGUUUCAUGUUCAACAUUGCAGAUGGUGGUUUUACUGAGUUGCACUCCCUUUGGCAGAAUGAAGAGCGGGCAGCCACAGUUACCAAGAAGACUUAUGAGAUCUGGCAUCGACGGCAUGACUACUGGCUGCUAGCUGGCAUCAUAAACCAUGGCUAUGCCCGGUGGCAAGACAUCCAGAAUGACCCACGCUAUGCCAUCCUCAAUGAGCCUUUCAAGGGUGAAAUGAACCGUGGCAAUUUCUUAGAGAUCAAGAAUAAAUUUCUAGCUCGAAGGUUUAAGCUCUUAGAACAAGCUCUGGUGAUUGAGGAACAGCUGCGCCGGGCUGCUUACUUGAACAUGUCAGAAGACCCUUCUCACCCUUCCAUGGCCCUCAACACCCGCUUUGCUGAGGUGGAGUGUUUGGCGGAAAGUCAUCAGCACCUGUCCAAGGAGUCAAUGGCAGGAAACAAGCCAGCCAAUGCAGUCCUGCACAAAGUUCUGAAACAGCUGGAAGAACUGCUGAGUGACAUGAAAGCCGAUGUGACUCGACUCCCAGCUACCAUUGCCCGAAUUCCCCCAGUUGCUGUGAGGUUACAGAUGUCAGAGCGUAACAUUCUCAGCCGCCUGGCAAACCGGGCACCUGAACCUACCCCACAGCAGGUAGCCCAGCAGCAGUGAAGAUGCAGACUGAUACCACCUCCACCGCUGAGCAGUGACCUUCCUCACUUUCUCUUGUCCCAGCUUCUCCCCGGGGGGCCGGAGAGACCCUCACCUUCCUUCUGCCCAUCUUCCAUGUUGUAAAGGAACAGCCCCAGUGCACUGGGGGAGGGAGGGAGUGAGGGGCAGUGGUGCCCUUCCUGCAGGAGAGACAUGCAGCAGUAGCGCCGGCGCCAUCUGCAGGAGCUGGCGGGCUGGCCUUCUGGACCCUGGCUUCUCCCCACUGUAACGCCUGUUACACACAAACUGUUGUGGGUUCCUGCCAGGCUUGAAGAAAAUGAUCUGAAUUUUUUCCUCCUUUUGGUUUUAUUUUGUUGGUUUAUUUUGUGUUUUCUUUUCUCCUUUUUUGGGGGUAUUCAGAGUGGGCUGGGCCCCUGGGCGAGACACAGCUACCUCUGUUGGCAUCUUUUUAAUACCAGGAACCCAGCGGCUCUAGCCACUGAGCGGCUAAAUGAAAUAAAGUGGAAAAAAAAAAAAAAAAAAAAACCAAAAGCAUAAAAAACCACAGCAAAUUUCUUGAUGAAAAUUGAAAAUAAAAGUUUCCUUGUAUUUUA